AUCUUCAAAAGUGUGGAAGAAAAGGGGAAGAAGAGGGAAAGCCAAAACGAAAACCGAAAUACACAAACAAGAUUAGAGCGCCUUACAAAUACUCCUCACAGUCUCAAAUAUAAAAGAGAAAGAAACUAAGCACAAACGAUUACUCCCUCUUCUUCUUUGUUCAACUUCCGCUCAAGUAUAAAACCCUAGUAAUCUCAUUUCUUUCUUUCUAGAAUCUUCAAUCCAAGAUCCAUCAACUUGCGGUUACUCGGGUCAAGUAAAUGUGUGAUCCCUCUGGUAUCCACUUCAACGUUCAUUCCGAUUUCUCCUCUAGUUCCGACUGCUGCCGUGAUUCACCACCGUCGCCGUCCGUAAACAAACUGUUACUCAACAAUGCUGGCCGUGGUGCGACUGCACCUCCCUUCUGAUAUUCCCAUUGUUGGCAUCGAACUCUCGCCGUAUGUUCUUAUUCGCCGCCUUGAUUCAACUGUUACUGCCGAUGAUAUUCCUGAAACCUCCCCUGUAGACGGCCAUUUCUUGCGCUACAAGUGGUAUCGUGUACAAAGUGAUAAAAAUGUUGCUGUAUGUAGCAUACAUCCAUCUGAGCCGGCCACAUUACAGUGUCUAGCCUGUCUUAAGCCCCAAAUACCUGUUGCUAAAAGUUACCACUGCAGCCCAAAGUGUUUUCGAGAUGCAUGGCCGCACCAUCGUGCCUUACAUGAGCGUGCUGCAAAUGUAGUUAGUGGAAAUGAGGACAAAUUUGGGCGUUUUAAUAAUUCUGUCUCAAGUGCUAACUUGACGAUUGGAUAUACACCUCCUAUGUAUCCAGCAGGUAUCAAACAUGGCGAUGAAACUUGGUUCGAAGUUGGACGAACUAAGAAUUAUACCCCAACUGCCGAUGACAUUGGUCAUGCUCUUAAGUUUGAAUGUUCUAUAGCUAAUGAAGUGACAAAAUUACGUGUGGGGCAACCUAACACUUUAUUAACUAAUCGGGUCAUUACUGCUCCUUCACCUACUCCACGUCAGCUGAUACAUGUUGAUGGGAUGGGGCAUUUAGAUCUAGAUAGGCGGGGAAGUUUUACUGUUAUGUCAUACAAGGUAUUGUCCGAGACAUGUGCCUCAAAUGAUCUGUAUAAUUACUGCCCUCCAUGGGCACUUUCUUGGCCAUAUCGCAGGCAAAAUUUAUUACGGGAAAUUGUUGGUUACCGUGCAGACAUUAUUUGCCUUCAGGAGGUUCAAAAUGACCAUUAUGACGAUUUUUUUUCCCCUGAAUUAGACAAACAUGGCUAUUACGGUAUUUUCAAGAGAAAAACAACCGAGGUACCCGGUGGGAAAACAAUUGAUGGUUGUGCAACAUUUUAUCGCAGAGACAAAUUUGCUCAUGUGAAGAAAUAUGAGGUUGAGUUCAAUAAGGCUGCACAGUCUUUAACAGAAGCUGUCAUUCCAACCACUCAGAAGAAAAUUGCCUUGAAUCGACUGGUCAAGGAUAAUGUUGCACUAAUAAUGGUUCUAGAAAUGAAAGUUAACAAUCAAAUAGCUGACACUCUUGCGAAAAAACAACUUGUUUGUGUGGCAAAUACACAUGUGCAUGUCCAGCAAGAUUUAAAAGAUGUCAAACUUUGGCAGGUGCAUACUCUCUUAAAAGGGUUGGAAAAAAUAGCUGCAAGUGCAGACAUUCCAAUGUUGGUUUGUGGAGACUUUAAUUCAGUUCCAGGAAGUGCUCCUCAUGCACUUCUUGCACUGGGGAAGGUAGACCCAUCACAUCAUGAUUUAACAGUUGACCCACUCAAUAUUUUACACCCUCAUAACAAGCUGGUUCAUCAGUUGCCACUGGUCAGUGCGUACACCGCUUUUGCAAGAACAGUCGGUGUUGCAUUUGAGCAGCAUAAAAGGAGACUGGAUAGCAGAACAAAUGAACCUUUAUUCACAAGUGUGACUAGAGAUUUUGUUGGCACUCUAGACUACAUAUUUUACUCAGCGGAUUUAUUGACUGUAGCGUCGUUAUUGGAGUUACUGGAUGAGGAGAGUUUGAGGAAGGACACUGCACUUCCUUCACCCGGAUGGUCCUCAGAUCAUAUUGCACUCUUAGCUGAGUUUCGCUGCCAGAAUAAGUCUUGGCAUUAAUACUUUAGGGAAUCAAGAUCCAGAGACACAUAAAGAAAAAGGCUGAAAGAAGCAUUUGGUUGGAAGGUUUUGUAAAAAUGGUGGGUCAUGCCUGUAUUUUCCAGGUAUCCCCAUGAGGGAUCCUUGCAGUGAUCUGCUUUGUAACAUGUCAUCUUAAUCUCAUAGAAAAAUUAUGAUCAGGUCUUAUUACUUAGUUUUUUUUUUUUUUUACCUUUUUCACUCCAAAGACUCCCUUCAGAACUUUUUCCCCUUUCUAAAGGCAAAAUUUUCUUUAAAGAUUCCUUCUGGAUCAAAUACACCCCAGUGAACAAACUUAGUCUUUCCAAUCUAGUGGCUGCUGAGCCUAUAGUUUUAAUUGAUAGCAAAGUAGGAGAAUUCAAGGGAAGUUGCUUAACAUGGACAUAUGAAGUUUUGAGUUGUUGCUUUAUUGGUUGCAACAUAGGAAGAGAUUUUUACUGUUAACAAUUGUAAAAAAGGUUGCUCUACAAGUUAGACACAUUUUUCUAUCCUUGUUUUGCAAGUAUAAUAGAAUGCAUAUAUUUUGGUCCUGUAAUUGUUAUCUAUGCUGUUUUAGCUUUUUAA